AGAAGUUUGAGAACCUACGGUGAUCGGUCUAUCUCAUUCUCGAGAGAGCGAAUUUUACUUGUUCAGGCCUUCAGGAUGUCGCAGCAGACAGCACAGGCGCCGGCGCCGGUGAGGCUCAUCACGGCGUUCGGCAGCCCGUUCGCGCACCGCGUAGAGGUGGCGCUGACGCUCAAGGGGGUGCCGUACGAGCUGCUCGUGGAGGACCUGGCCAACAAGAGCGACCUGCUGCUCGCCCACAACCCCGUCCACCAGUCGGUGCCCGUCCUCCUCCACGGCGACCGCGCCGUCUGCGAGUCCCUCCUCAUCGUCGAGUACGUGGACAAGGCCUUCCACGACGACGACGAGGGGAGGGCGCCACGGCUCCUCCCGGCGGACCACUACGACCGCGCCACAGCCCGCUUCUGGGCUGACUUCAUCGCCAACAAGUGCUUGAAGCCGCUGUGGCAGGCGAUGUGGACGGACGGCGAGGAGCAGGCGCGGCUGACGAGGGAGACCAAGGAGAGCCUGGGGAUCCUGGACGCACAGCUGGAGGGGAAGAGGUUCUUCGGGGGCGACGCACUCGGUUUCGUCGACCUCGCCGCAUGCAAGCUGGCUCACUGGCUCGGCGUGCUGGAGGAAGUCACCGGGGGCGGGGUGCGCCUGAUGAAGGAUGGCGAGUACCCUGCUCUGCGCCGGUGGGCCAAGGAGUACACCUCCGAUGAGGUCGUCAGUCGGUCCCUGCCGGACAGGGACGAGCUCGUCGCCUACUUCACCAAAAACAAGGAGAGGUACAGGUCGUCGAUGGUCAAGGCAGCAGCGGUGCAGUGAAGCGGUAGUGAUGAAGAAGCGACCACAUCAUAGAUGUGCUACAGUCUAUAAAUAAGCAAUGCAUUUUUUAGAUGCAAUAAGCAUGUACGUACUAUUUUGUUCAACACCAUAUUCAUGCAUGGUUUUGGUUUGCCAAACUUUCAUCACGGGGUAGAGAUUUCGUUUUAGCCGCUUUGUCAGCAUGCCUCAUGUGUGUUUUCUUCACAACUUCGUC